UUGUGAUAUUUAAGAAUAAAUAAGUGCGAUAAUAUUCUUACGUUUUCAACGUUUCUUUAGAAGAAGAGUUAUAUUUAUACUUCAUACAAUAAUAUAUAUAUAUUUAAAAAAAAUGAAGGAAUUCGUUAUAAUUGCGGAUGUUAUCGCAAAAAAGGAAGAAGGUUCGUUAUCCUCAAGUCCUCCAGACGUGCCAAAAUUAAUGCCUGGAGGGAACUACAUUAGGCCCGGAAGAGAUUCGUCGAAAAGGACCUGUUUAUUAUUCGAACCUCCCGCAGAAGAAGUGGGCGUACUCGCACGAUAUUUGAAAAUUUUUGAAAAAUUUGGAGUUAAUCUGGCUCAUAUCGAGUCACGACCGUCGGCCCGUGAAACUUCACGAUACGAAUUCAUGGUCGAAUGCGAAAACGGAGGAAAUUUAAAAGAUGCUAUCAAAGAAAUUAAGGAAGUAAGCGAUCAUUUCAGUCUAAUUUCCAGAAACUACCAGGACGAUCAAGGUAAUGGCGAUGGUGUACCGUGGUUUCCCCGUCGAAUUCGCGACCUGGAUCGUUUCGCCAAUCAAAUUUUGUCAUACGGGGCGGAACUGGACGCCGAUCAUCCGGGUUUCACCGACUCAGUUUAUCGCGAUCGCAGAAAAUACUUUGCUGAUCUUGCCUACAACUAUAAACAUGGUCAACCGCUUCCGCACGUCGACUACACUGAAAAAGAAAUUGAAACGUGGGGAAAGGUUUUCAGACAAUUAACCGAAUUAUAUCCAACACACGCGUGCAAAGAACACAAUCACGUGUUUCCACUUCUAAUGGAAAACUGCGGCUACCAAGAAAACAACAUACCUCAACUUGAAGACGUCUCCAAUUUCUUAAGAGACUGUACUGGAUUCACGCUUCGUCCUGUUGCGGGUCUGUUAUCUUCGAGAGAUUUUCUGGCAGGUCUGGCAUUUAGGGUGUUCCAUUCCACUCAAUACAUUCGACACCCAAGUCGACCGUAUUAUACUCCCGAACCCGAUGUUUGCCAUGAACUUUUAGGGCACGUUCCUUUAUUUGCAGAUCCGUCUUUUGCCCAAUUUUCCCAAGAAAUUGGACUCGCAUCUUUAGGAGCACCGGACGAUUACAUAGAGAAAUUAGCAACCUGCUACUGGUUCACCGUUGAGUUCGGUUUAUGCCGAGAAAACAACAAAUUGAAAGCAUUUGGGGCAGGACUGCUGUCGUCUUAUGGCGAAUUGACGUAUUCUAUAGAGGGGAAGGCAGAAGUGAGACCGUUCGAUCCUCAAAAAACAGCUAUUCAAAAAUAUCCUAUAACUGAGUAUCAACCGGUAUAUUUCGUUGCCGAAAGCUUCGAAGACGCCAAAGACAAAAUGAUAAAAUACGCGACCACUAUACCAAGACCUUUUGGUGUUCGAUACAAUCCGUACACCCAAAGCAUAGAAGUACUGGAUUCUAAACCACAAAUCGAAAGCAUCGUUCAGCAUCUAAAUCAAGAAAUGCAGACUUUACUCAACACUUUGCGUAAAUUGUAAAAUAUCUAGUGCUUUUUCAAAACAUAGCAUAUUUUUAUAUGUAUUAUUCUUUAAUAUUUAAUUUUAUGUAUUAUUGACCGUGAUAUAAUAAAUUAACAUUAUAGCAAUAGUAAGUGGUACUAAAAGCUGC